UUCUCGAAGAAAAUUCUGGAAAAAAAAAAGCAUUGGUUUUUGUUUGUUUCGAGAGGAAAAAAACAAGAAGAAAAGAUAAACAUGUUGGAUCUUAACCUUGAUAUGGUCUCAAGCGAGUCAUCUUGCGAUGAGAACUUCAACGACAACAAGAACGACAAGAUGACGUCAACUCAAAUGGAAGAUUCGGGUUCUUCGAAUUCUUCGAUCAUCAACGGCGAAGACGUUCCGUUAUCGAAUGCAAAAGACGAGAACUCUUCAAACGACGAUGUCUCGCCGGCAUUCGUUUUCGAUAUCUUGAAGAAGGAAGAAAAAGAUGAUGACGACGACGACGAUGAUGCCACCAUUGCUAAAACGGCGCAAGACCCUUCGCCGGAAUUCGUCAUCGGACAGCUAUUUCCGGUCGCCGGAGAAAAAGUGGGUCUAGAGUUGGAGUUCGGAACAAAAGCUUCGGCUAGUAGACCUCAAUGGUUGAACUUAUCUUACGCCGAAUCCACCGGCGAGGCCGAGCUGACAACUGUACAGAUAAAGCCUCAAACGAGGAAGAGCCGCCGAGGGCCGAGGUCCCGGAGCUCUCAGUUCCGCGGCAUCACGUUUUACCGGAGAACUGGCCGGUGGGAGUCACAUAUAUGGGAUUGUGGGAAGCAAGUAUAUUUAGGAGGAUUUGACACUGCCCAUUCUGCUGCCAGAGCUUAUGAUCGAGCUGCAAUCAAGUUCCGGGGAGUUGAGGCUGAUAUCAACUUCAAUUUCAGUGAUUAUGAUGAAGACAUGGCACAGAUGAAGCACAUGAGCAAGGAACAAUUCGUGCACAGUCUCCGUCGGCAGAGCAACGGAUUCUCAAGGGGGAGCUCCAAGUACAGAGGCGUAUCGUUGCAUAAAGGCGGUCGAUGGGAAGCUCGAAUGGGACAGUUCCUCGGAAAGAAGUUUUCUAUGAUCAUAGUAUUAUGUUUCGAGAUAUUCGAGUACGGUUGUGAUUCGGUUUUUGGAUGCAGGGCUUAUGAUAUGGCUGCCAUGAAAUGUAAUGGAAGUGAAGCUGAGACCAACUUUGAGCCAAUUACUUACGGAGGCAAGGCUACAGACAGUGUAGGCAAUUGUCUUCACAAUCUUGAUUUGAGCCUCGGGAUUUCGGCACCUUCCGUUGCUCGAAACGGGAGCAACGAUGCCGGCAGUUCUGCUUCUGUGGGCGUACAACCUCAACACGGUCCAACAAUUCUAGCUAAGCACCCUCCGAUGUUGUCCAGUGCUUAUCCGGUCGCUCUUUUCCCACACGACGUGGGAAGGGCAAUGCCGAAGAGAGCCGAAGCUGUUUCAUCGACCGGAUUCCCGAACUGGGGAUGGACAAUGCAAAGGUAUGGUAAAAUCGCCCCAACCCCGGUGUUUCCUAUAGCAGCAUCAUCAGGAUUCUCUUCUUCCAAUGCCAUUGCUCCAUCGACCACGCUUAACGAUCCCGGCCGGAACCUCUACCCUGCGACACCCGCUACAGCCGCCAAUAACACUUCCCAUUACUACAAUUACAGGAGCUGAAAUCAGCAUGGCUUU